AUGGCAUCUGGAUCUGGUUUUCGUCCGAACCUGCCUUACUUGCCUUGGGAGUUGAUCACCAGGAUCGUCUCUGACCCUCAGUUCUCGCGACAAGACUUGAAGAACUUUCGUCUGAUCUGCCCCUCCUUCGAGCAGCCCGUCUCUUCUAUCCUAUUUCAACGGGUGAAGCUGUCUCGCCUCGCUAAAGACCGAGAGGCAUUCGAAGCAAUUGCCGCAAGCCCACACCUUGCUAAGCAUGUGCGCCAGAUUGUCUGGCAAGAACUUAAUUUGGAAGCAUGGGAUGCUCCGGACAACGAUGAUGACUAUUGGAUUCCUGAACACACCGGCCCUGAACCAACUAAAGCACCAUCCGACGCCCCAUCCGUGGAUAGUGAAGCGAGUAGUAGUACUUGCAGCUUCGUCCAUCCAAACGUUUCCUUAGACAACGUUACGCGACUCAUGAACGCUGCGGCGAAAGAUCCAAACCUGUUCUGGAUUCCAAUCUCUCGCAACCCUCCUCAGCAGAUGGGAGCGGUUACUUAUCCCAACGUGUCGACAUUCCUGACUCGACUUUCCGUGGCAAUCAAGAAGAUGCCGAACCUCGAGGCAAUCCGCACAUGCCCCAUGCCACACGAUCGGGUAAUCCACUAUCGAGGAUAUCCAUUACGCGCAGACCUCUAUCGAUACAAGUCCGACUUAGAGUCUCGACAUGGACAGACUGGUGUCUUCAAUUUCUUGUUACCAAUUAUGGGUCAAGCUGGGAACAAGAUCACUUCUCUCCAUUGGGCAGAUGAGCCGACCAACGACAGCUUCCUUCUUAACCUCAGACCUGCCCACUCGCAGGCAUUCGAAAGAUUGACGUCUAUCGACUUGUGUAUCGCGGGUACUGGUAACACUUUAGGCUACUCGCCGCAGGGUCUCGUUUCAUGCCUAUCUGCAGCCAAGAACCUGAAGCACUUGUCGCUGUGCUUCGAGAGAACUGCCCUGCCGGAACCGAUGAUCAACGCGAUCUUCCAGUGUUACUGGCCCCAUCUGGAGUCGUUCGAGCUAAGCAACGCUAUGUUGAUUCAGCCGCCCACGUACCGUCCGUUCUUCAAGAAGCACGCUGGCAGCCUACGACACCUACGCCUGGUUAUGUGCGAUAUCCUGACUCGCCACUUAAUCGCAAUUCAACGCUCCGCGAAGCUCCAUCUUGAGACCGUCAAACUGGUCCGUUUCCACACCGACGAUGUGUUACGCUUCCCGGAGAAAGAAGUUGUGGAAAUCUUGAACAAGACGAACCGUUUCAAUCCUAUUCUCGGGUUUCUCUUUCCGGAGCCGCCGAGCCGAACCUACAUUGUGACAGAGAUAGCGAAGUACGAUCACCACGCAUGGUGUAUGGCUGGCGUGGGUUAUGGCCCUUUCGAUGUGCGUCACUACGAGCACCUAUACGACGAAGCUGCAAUGGACUCGGAUGAGGGUGAUGACUACGAUGAUACGGACACCAGCUCCGAUUCGAGCUCGGAUCCGGACGAUGAUUACGAUGCUAUGGACUACGAUGAGAGUGAUUAUGACUCGGACGAAGACGAGGAUGAUGAAGAAGAUGAGACUCUUGACGAUGACGAAGGUAGCGAUGGAGAAGACAGCGAUUCAUCUGGUGGAGAUUCCUACGUCGCCCUUCAACGAAGAUGGUAUUAGACAUGGUGGAGGCAACGUUCAUGGUGGUAAUUAGAGAUGAGUACAAACAGCAACAGUGUUUCCGAGUUAUAAUGACGCAGAGUGCUACAUCAUGCGUCAUGAACCAACCGGAAUUAAGAGUUUGUAAGGGCAAGGGUCAUAAUUACAUGGCGAGGACCGGGAGGGGGGAAGGUGUGCAGGAUCAUGUCUAAGGAGUGGAGAUAAACUACCA